AUGCCCUUAAAAGUAGAGCAAUUGAUUAAAAGUUUAGUAAAUGCUACUGAAGUAAAACAAUUAUAUGACAGGGUUUCUAGCAAGAUUUCCUUUCAAGCUGAAGAGCUUUCUUCAACUUGUUUCGAAUUAGCCCGUAUCCAUCAUUAUGGUUUAGGGUCAACCCCCAAAGACUUGGAUAAAGCUUUCCGGCUUUAUGUUAAAGCCGCUAAGAAAAAUCAUCCCAUAGCACAGUUCGUAAUCUGUCAAUUAUACGAUUGGGAAAAGAAUUCUAUUGAUAGUACCGAAGAUAUUGAGAGAAUGAUUGCCUUUAAGGCAGAGAUGUACGUCAACUCUGCAUCACAGAGCGUUUAUUACUGUGGUGCUCACGAAGAAUUGUAUAGGCAUUGCAAGAAAUCUGUAUCUUGGCGAGACAUAAUUAAUAGCAUGGAACUUAAAUUUUAUUCCAGAUUGAAAUUUGAAGAAGAUACUGAUAAAUCAGGAUAUAACUACAAUAGAUUAGGCUAUGUAUUGAUACUGAAGGGUAGUUGGAAUAUCUUAGAACGAAAAAAGUCUUACAAAAAGGCAAUAAAAUGUUUUCGUAAAGCUGCAAAGUUAGGAAAUGCUGAUGCCUAUUGGAAUAUAUCUUACUGGAUAUACUAUCUGGGAUAUGGAUACCCUAAGAAUAUUAGCAAAUAUAAUAAAUACUUAAAAUUGGCUGCCGAUUAUGGACAUCCAGUAGCAAUAAGUAUAAUGGUAUCUCUGUAUUAUUCAGAGGACCUUAAAGAUCUGAAUUCUUCAUACUGUUGUCGAGGUUACGUAGAGUUCCUUUAUAGGAACUUCCCGACAGCUUUCGCUUCGUACUACUUUGCCUUGAUGUUUUUAUAUGGUCUAGGAGGCGUAAAAAAAAAUCCUCUUCUUGCAAUUCAGCUAUUAGAAGAAUCCGUUGUUAGAUCAGAUUUUAUAUUUAGUUUCGCUAAUCAGUGGUCCUCUUUCUUGCUGGCCUUCAUCUACUACAAAGGGAUUGGUGCGAAGAAAGAUAUAACUGCUGCGAUGCAUUAUUUUGCUUUGGCUGCAAGCCUUGGAUAUGAUGAAGCUUAUCCAUAUAUAGCAAAAUUACUACUUCAGCAUAAAUUAUUACCUUCUGCUGAUAAAAAGGCAAGUCUAUUGUUACAUUUCGCUAAAGAUAACUCGCCGAUUGAUACAUCGACUAAUCGACUGGCUACUUAUUAUCUCGGUAAAAUGAAAGCAAAUGAUGAUCAUAGUGGAAGUCUGAAAGAGAGUAAAGAGUACCUCGAUCAAACUUUUGUAUCCUACAGGGCAUCCCUUGUUGAAGAUCCCUCCGCGAAUGUCUAUUAUCGUUUAGGGAGAAUUUUAGAGAGUGAUUUUGGUAGGUAUAGGGACUUAAAAAAAGCACGAAUGUAUUAUCGCCUCGCUUACAAUGUAUCCUUAAAAACUCGAAAUCAGUUCACAAGAUUGUACGGCGAAAAGGCAAAAAAAAGGGUUCAAACUGACAGCAAGCGCAGGAGAAAAAUGAUUAGAGACGAAACAGUAUGUGUCAAAAAAUCGCUUACGAAACUAAAUUGCUUACGCGUAGCAAAAGCUUUACACCAAGCGCAGGCCGGCGACCAUUCACCAAUCAAAAAACGCAAGGAUAUCACUCAUCUAAUUUGCGGUGGUCCGCAAACCCUGCGGAGGUUGUUAGCACGUUACCGAAGUCUUUUAACAGAAAUUGCAAUUGCUUGGAUCAGCGAUCAGUUAACAGCUUCCAUAAUAAAAGCCAAAUUAACAGAUCUGGCUCUGUCCUUUCUAUUUACGACUCAUCAGAGAUUAAUAUCAGUCCUGAGUGGAAUUCAGUAG